AAUACGUUACAAAGAUUUGUGUACGCAGGCUCAGUAGAAAGAGGAAGCAAGUGACGAGUUGCUGCGAAAGCGCAGGAACUUGCUCUCAUGGCCAUGUGAAAUAGAAAAAUUAGCAAACUCGCUAACUACCAAAGAGAUAAGUAUGGCAGAAUGUGUCUCUGCCGAGAAUGUGCUCGUGGACAUUUCAGAUUUUGAAAAGACGGACUUUGCACCGGAGCAGUUUCCGUCUGUAUUUUUUGACCGGACGGGAGAAACACUGAGAGUGAACCCUGGAGGGGCGGUACGGGUCUCGGAGUCGAGCGAAAGUCUUGUCCCGGAGGUAGAAACAGAUGGUUCCGAGGAAUUAGACCUGUUGCUACCACGACGCACUGGGUCCAUAUCUUCCGGAGGUUGUAGGAUAAAGCGGACGAGACGAAAUAAACGUUUGACAUCCGCGGACAGCGAAAAUGUUGCGUCUUCAGGCAGCGGCACUGCGGAGCUGAACUAUUUCCCGGAGGAUCCGGAAUUUGCCGAAGUGGUCCGGAAAGCCGAGCAGGCCAUCGAGAACGGAAUCUUUCCUGAAAGGAUUUCCCAGGGGUCCAGCGGGAGUUACUUUGUGAAGGACCCUAAAGGGAAAAUAAUUGCCGUGUUCAAGCCGAAGUCCGAGGAGCCGUACGGACACCUGAACCCCAAAUGGACCAAGUACUUCCACAAGGUGUGCUGCCCCUGCUGCUUCGGGAGGGGCUGCCUCGUGCCGAACCAGGGGUACCUCUCCGAGGCCGCCGCCUCGCUCGUCGACCAAAAACUGGGGCUGGACGUAGUGCCCAAAACCAAGGUGGUGUUCUUGGUCAGUGAAACAUUUCACUACACUGCAAUCGAUCGUGCCAAGUCAAGGGGAAAGAAGUACGCUUUGGAAAAGGUUCCCCAAGUUGGCCGAAGGUUCCAUCGAAUCGGCCUACCCCCUAAGAUGGGCUCUUUCCAGCUGUUUGUGGAAGGAUACCGUGAAGCAGACUUCUGGCUGAGGAAAUUUGAGACGGACCCCCCGCCAGAAAACAUCAGGAAGCAGCUGCAGUCUCAGUUUGAGAGACUGGCAGUCCUGGACUACAUCAUCAGGAACACCGACAGAGGAAAUGACAACUGGUUGAUCAAAAACGAGAAAUGCGACAAAUGUGAAGGCUUCAGGAAGGACGUGGAAUGGGGCGGGGAGGAGGAGCCGGCUGUGAGAAUAGCCGCCAUCGACAACGGGCUGGCGUUUCCUUUCAAGCAUCCGGACGAAUGGAGAGCGUAUCCGUUUCAUUGGGCGUGGCUCCCUCAGGCCAAGCUGCCGUUCUCUCAGGAGACGCGGGACCUGGUGCUGCCCAGAGUCGCCGACAUGAACUUCGUGCAGGACCUGUGCGAGGACCUGUACGAGAUGUUCAAGGAAGAUAAAGGGUUUGACAAAGGCACCUUUGAACAGCAGAUGUCUGUUAUGAGAGGACAGAUUUUGAACCUCACCCAGGCCCUGAAGGACGGGAGGAGCCCUAUUCAGCUGGUGCAGAUGCCCCGCGUGGUGGUGGAGCGCAGCCACGGGGGCAGCCAGGGCCGGGUAGUGCAGCUGGGCAGCACCUUCACCCAGACCUUCCACUAUAAGAUGCCCUUCUUCUCCUCCUGGUAGUGGGGCUGGAUUUCAGGCGAGCGCCUGGCUUCUCGGGCCUUCUCGCUCGCUCUCGUUCCCCGGACUGCCACAGAGCAAGACUGAAGCCGCAGGAGGCCAUGUGAUUAGCAGACACUGCCAGUGUUCUACUGCCAAAGCGGGUUUUGUUUGCAUUAAAUGCAAAAAAGAAACAAAAAAUGGAAAGCAUUUGUAUUGGAAGGCAUGUAGCUUGAAAGUAAUAUAGUUGUUUUUUUUGGGCACUUCAGUGUAAAAUUAUUUUUCUAUCUUGAAUGUAUAUUUUGUAUGUACAUAUUUGUAAUUAGUUACUGGCUGCAAUAUAUUUUCUGCCAUAUUGGGGCGCUGUUGUGUCUUUCAGAGAUAGGAGUAUGGCGCAGUCAUUAAAACUGUUGCAAACUUGA